UAAAAUAAUAAUAAAUAGAUAUGAUUGAGAGGGGUUGUUUGAGAGUGGGGGAUGGAAUCAAAUUGAUUGAUUGGGUCAAUUGAGGCGUUAAGCGCGUUGACUCUCCAAAAAGAACUAGCCUUAUAAAUUGGAGUUUACACUUUCCUAAGUUUCAAGCCAAAAAAAAAUACAUUUCAUCAUCACUUAGUUCAUCAAACUAAAUUGUUUCUUUACUUUUUCCCCCCUCAAUUUUCUCGAAAAUGAAGGAUAAGUUUACAGGGACUAUUCUGCAAAGUGAUGCACUCGCCCAGUAUAUAUUGGAAACAAGUGCAUACCCUAGAGAACAUGAGCAACUCAAAGAACUACGAAUGGCUACCGUCGACAAGUAUCAGUGGUGGAGUAUGAUGAAUGUAACUGCUGACGAGGGACAGUUCAUUUCAUUGUUCUUGAAAAUGAUGAAUGCUAAGAAAACAAUUGAAGUUGGAGUUUUCACUGGCUACUCUCUCCUCACCACUGCUCUUGCCCUUCCUGAUGAUGGCAGGAUAAUCGCAAUUGACCCAGACAGAGAAGCAUACGAAACUGGAUUGCCAUUUAUACAAAAGGCAAACAUGGCACACAAGAUUCAGUUCAUUCAAUCUGAUGCCUUCAAAGUUAUGGAACAACUCAAGGCCAAUGGUGAAGAAGGAACAUUCGAUUUUGCAUUUGUCGACGCGGACAAGCAGAACUAUAUCCACUACCACGAACAGCUAUUGAAACUGGUUAGGGUUGGGGGAAUAAUCGCCUACGACAACACAUUGUGGUCGGGAACUGUAGCCGCGUCCGAUGACGAUGAGAUGGCGGAAUAUCUGAGGAGGGUUAGAACCGACAUUAUGCAAUUGAACACUUUCUUAGCUGCUGAUUCUCGUAUUGAACUCGCCCAGCUUUCUAUCGGAGAUGGGCUCACCCUUUGCAGGCGUGUCAAAUAGACAUUUAUUUUUAUACGUUUUAUACUCACCGAAGGCGUAGAGCACAACAUAUAUGAUUGUAUUUGAAUUUUUUUUCUGGGAAGUAUCUAUUUUAAUAUUUAUAUUAAUGUCAAAACAAAACAUUUCUUUA